AUGUAUGCAGAAAUUGUACAAUUACAAUGUCUCGUCGCCAUCAGUAUAUUCGGAUUUAUAUCAGCUCAAGACGUGGGUGCUAAAGAUCUGUUUAGAUGUCGUCAAAGCUGCUAUCAAAAGUUUGUUCAAGAUUGGCAUCACUGCAUGGAUUUUGAGGACUGUAAAAGUAUGUGCAUCACACCACCAAAUAUCAAUAGUUAUAUCCCAGAAGCAUUCAGUUUUCUGUGUUGGAACAAAUGCGAUCAACAAUUGGGACCCUUUCCUCUCAAUAUUAACUCUGCGCUGCGCCAAGGCUCGCUGGUUAUUACUGACAUUGCCUGGGAUCAAGCCAUCACGAAUGCGUCAAAGCAGUGCUUGGUUACUUGGGAGGUCUCCGGAGGCGGUCUAAUGGGCAACCUAUUGACGGAUUCCUCCACUGUUGAAUUAUCCCUCUGGUCAGAUACGGUCUAUCACGUACAAGUUACGUGCAAGCAUAAGGAAACCGGUGGUAUGCGUCGCUCAUUUAAAUUGAUCGUCGAUACCCACAAAUUGGGCGAUAGUUCCGCCACAAGUGUGCAGGCCAUCACAAUGGACAGUUCGUUUAGUAAUCAACUUUUGACAUCGGGGUACGGUGCUGAAAAUAUCCCCUCAUCUCCCAGUGAGGCGGAGUCAAGGCUUCGUAUUCUAAAGGAUAGCUCCCAGGACUUCUUGGCUCCCUACAACCCAAAUAAACCCUCAAUAACCAAAACAUCAAAGAACUCUAAUGAAGAAACUGCGCAUGGAGAUCGUGUGGAGAGUGGAACUAAAUACCAGGAUAGUGUGCUGCGCACCAAAUUAGUUGGUGCUUCCGCGAGUGUCGACUCAAUGAGCUUUGCGCAAAUCUCUGUUAUCGUUGCCCUAAUGGGAUCUUCCAUUCUGUUUGUAACGGUCGUAAUAAUUUAUCUGAUAAUGCGUCCGGCCCGGAAGCAUGUACCUGCCGUUAUAACGCCCAAUGAUAAACAGAUUCUAAUAAACACGGAUAUCCGUCCAUCGCAAAGAAUAACUGUGCCAGCACCAGUUCACCGCCAUACAUCCGACGCUCUGGCGUCAGCUUCGAUGACGCCCGCCGACCAGAGUCCAGCUCUGCAUGUAUAA